AUGGCAAUCAAAACAUCGCAAAUUCUCGGCAAUUAUCAAACAGAAGUAAAAGCUCUUCAAUUGCUUAUCAUAUUCUCUGCAAAGCCAGCUCAAGAAUGUGAAGAGCUUGGUAACUUACAGAAGAAAACACAAGGAGAUAUCUUGCAUUAUACAAAAACACCAAUUUCAAAAUAUCUAAUAUGCGAUACCGAAGCCUCAAGAAGUGACCUCAAAAAGGAGAUCUCGGAACUACUUUCUAUUCCAUUAUUGCAUACUUACAUAGGAUACCUACAAGGCUGGGCUCUUUGGAUGCUACAGCAUGCCCUGGAAAGCGAUGAAUUAGGAGCUAAGAAAGCCUUGCAUGAGGCCGAUGCAAUCUAUGGUCGACUUGACGGUGCGAAUCGAGAACUAAACGAUGAAAAGUUUUAUACGCAACACCGUCUUUCUCCAAAGAACACAAAGCCCCGAGCACUCAGCUUCGACGAAGGGGAAUCACAGGCUAUAGUUAAACGGCCUAAUGCUAGCAAGUCAAAGGAGACAGCAGGAAUGGGCUCAGAAAAGGCAAAUAUCGGGCCAGAGACGGAUUGGAGGAAAGAAUCAUUUAGUUAUAAACCGAUUAUGCCAACAGUAGAGAGCACGGAGGAUUUGAGUGAAUAUGGGACGAAGGUUCAAACACCCGCCCUUCAGUUUGAAUAGACGUAUUUUUCAUACGAGGUACUGUCCCCAGAACUUCUGUUCAAUGUAUUCUCCCCUAGUUUUCGUUUGCAACGAACUUG